AGCUAGCUCUAUUACUUCACUUCACUUGUAUCCACCAAGGAUCGAAGAAGGUGCAGAGAUCGAAGGAACAUGGCGUCGAGAGCAACAAUGGCAGCUCUGCUUCUGCUCGCGCUGGUGGCUGCAGAGGGCCACGCCGUGCCGCUCAGGAGAGGCCUGAGCCUGGGCUGGAUGACGGGAAUGAAGGGAGGGCCCCCCACUGGCACGCAGCCAUCCUCCAUCCAUCCUGCUGCACCUGGAGAAGGGGGGAGGCGGUUGAGCAGCGAAGAGGAAGGGGAGUUCAUCCACACACUGCCGGCCUUCAGGCGACCGCCUAUCCCGCCGUCCAACCAUUAAUCUCAGCGGCAUUUCCAAUCGAUUCUAAACAUCUCGUGCUAAACAAUCGGUGAAUGAAUGCCAUGCGUAUUGAUAUAGUAGUAAUUAAUCGUGCAUAUUGAUCUGAGAAAUAAAUUAUCAGAAGAUUGCUCUGUACUGCAUUUCGUGCUAAAGAAUCGGUGAAUGAAUGGGGGUACAAAAUAUAGGAACCUUUGGAAAGUAGGAGGAACAAGGGAGAGUAGCUUGGAGUUGGGAACAUGAAAAUCAAACGGAACCUUUACUCCGAUUGCUUAGUUAUAAGAUCAUUUAGAGUGGCCACCAUGUAUCUAUUUCUUCAAGAGGAAAAUCUUCAAGUGCCACGCUUAAGGGACUAAGGGAGUGGUUGAACGGAACAAAAAAGAGACAAUGCAUGCUUCAAAACAGUCUGAUAUGCACGGUGUACUGAAAUGCUGAUACAAGAAAAUUGAAUAACCUUUGCAAAA